AUGCUUGCCGAGUCUAAUGGCAGCCCCUAUGCCGGGGAUAAUGCACCGAAACUUCGAACCGCGUGCGAGAACUGCAGGCAAUCCAAGGUGAAAUGCAACUUGUCCGGGAAGAACGUCUGUACGAGAUGCCUGCGGCAUGGCUUGCAAUGCCAGUACGGUUUUGCCAACCGGUCUGGCAAGCCCAAGGGCAGUAAGAAUCGAGCCACUCUCCGCAAGCUGGGUCAACUCCAGGAGGACAAGCCGCCCAUCCGGGGAUUUCGUGGUAAUCGCAUUGUGCCUCCCGUGGCAAACCGAGAGUCUCGAGUUGCCACGGAGUACCCAAGUCAUAUGGGAGAUCCAAUGAUGGAUGACGAUAUAUGCUUGAUACCGGGCCCACCUGGACUCUGGGAGAGCCCACGAAGUUUCGGUAGUGCUGCCGCGUUAGACACGCCCAUUUGUCCCUCGCAGCUGGCAACAAUUGAUGGCUCGCCCUUCACCGAUCUGAUGGAUUCUUGCCCUACAAUGCCCCUUGGUCUUGGGUACCCACAUACACCUGUGACGCCUACAUUUCUCUCAUCGGCGCCUCUGAUCGAUAGGAUGGGGAGCCCAUCGUUGGCUGGAUCUGUCUCUUCUCCGUACUCAGCCGCGCCGUGCGAAUGUGUGGACAAGCAAAUAUUCUAUAUGAAUCGACUGAAUCACCUUCUUGCUGAAUCGAUGCCUCUGCGAUUCGACCAUAGUCUCCAGGCGGUCAAAGCCACAUUUUGUGCAUGCCAAGUCUUCAUGCAGUGUGAUAAAUGCACCAAAGACAGCGCGAACCUGCUUCUAGUCAUCUCUGUCCUCAAUCUGACCCUGCAGUUAUUCGAGUAUUGGAUCUCACGCGAGACUUCACGAAUGCCUCAGUUGGAGCCUGGCGAUAUUCGCUAUGGAUAUUAUGAGGUGGGCCAAGAUGACAACCGGCAGAUCCGGGCAUUCUUGCUUCGGAAACUGCUGCUUCAAUGCAAAAAUGUCCUGUCCAUGUUAACCACAGCUGUCAAUACUGUUUGUCUCGACAAUCCUAAGUUUCUUGAUGGCGAAGGCUCGGCAGAUUCGAGUAUGAAGAGCGAAGGUCUAGUCAAUCAGCCCUGGGCUUCUUCGGGGCAUUCUGGUACGAGUCUGUCCCAUCCAGAAUCAGGUGCGAUGUCUGGUCCUGGAAACAAAUGUCUUCUGCCUAUCAUUGGUGGCUACGAAGCUACAGUGGAGGCGUUCCUGCAAUCCGUCUCGAGUGAUUGUAUCUGUGGAUCUGAAUAUUCAGGACGAGAUGAGCCUCUUUGA